AAACAAGAUGGUAUUUGGAGUAAAACCCACCUGUGUGAAGUGUAAGGCAACUGAGUCAAAUAUCUGGCAGAAAGAUGACAAAGAACAGGUGUUAUGUACAGAGUGUUACACAGUUGCUAACACAGCUAACCCCAAACUGGCUCCUGUGAAGGCAGUGAAAGAUCGAGAGGAAGAUGAACAAGAUGCCAGGAAGGAAGAAGACAAGAUAGAUUUAGAUGACCACAAAGAUGCUGACUCCAGUAAUGGUAAUGGCGGCAGAGAUGAUGACCAAGAUGGAGAAAAGGACAAAGACUCUGCAAAAGGGUCAGAGAAAAGGGAAACUAAAAGAAAAACGAGGAAAGGAAGACAGGGUGGAAAGGGGAGUGUACCAAAAGGAAAAGGCAGGAGAUAUAUAUUCAAAAAAAGUGCCACCAAAGCACCAGCAGCUGUAGCUACUCCGGUCACUUCUGAAUACCUGUUUUAUAAGGGGUUAUAUUAUCAAGUAGGAGAUAUUGUUUCAUUAAUUGACGUAGAUGGAGGGACAUACUACGCUCAGAUACGAGGACUGCUGCAGGACCAGUACUGUGAGAAGAGUGCUGUGUUAACCUGGCUCAUACCCACUAAAGGUUCUCCUCCACCAGAAAAGGGAUUUGAUCCUUCUUCUUAUAUUAUAGGACCUGAGGAAGAUAUACCUCGAAAACUUGAAAACAUGGAGUUUGAAUGUCAUGCUCCCUCUGAUUAUUUUAAAGACCGCACCUCUCCAUAUUCCACCAUGACCUACCAGCCACAAUCAUGCUUUGUAUGGUCAAGACUUGGACCCCAAAUCAAACCGAUAGAAAAAGCAAAAGAACUUAUGACCAAGUAACCAGUCGUGAUUGUGAAUUUUAUUACUUUUCAAAUAAAGCAAACAUUAUU